AUGAACCGCAGAGGAAAAGCUCGAAGAGUAGGAGAUAAUGAAAUGGUAAAAUUAUCUAAAUCUCUUUCUUGGGCACUCAGACAUGGAAUUGGCGAGCUUGGGCUUGCUAUGACCUCAGCAGGAUUUGUCAGGGUCGAUGAGUUACUUGCCCACCAAAGAUUUUCUAAAUGGACUGAAGAGCAUAUAAAACAAGUGGUCGCUGAAAAUGACAAAAAACGAUUUGAUUUAGCUGAAAUUGAUGGAAUGCAGUGGAUAAGAGCCAAUCAAGGCCAUACCAUAAAUAUCGUAAAAGAUGAAGAUUUAUUGACAGAAAUUACAGACCCUAGCAUAUAUCCUGUGGUGGUCCAUGGUACUGACAAAAAAUCAUGGCUUACUAUAAUGAAAAGGGGAUUAUAUAGGAUGAGGAGAAAUCAUAUACAUUUCGCGCCUGGAUUUCCAGAAAAUGGGCAAGUUAUAAGCGGAGCUCGAAGUAACUGCACUGUUUUUAUUGAAAUUGAUAUAGAAAAAGCUAUGCAAGAUGGGGUAAAAUUUUUUAUUUCUUCGAAUUCAGUGAUACUGACCUCUGGGAUUAAAGGAUUUUUAUCGCCAAAAUAUUUCAAAAAAAUUUAUUCUAUAAGAAAUUGUGUGAAAAAUUAUUUUUUUAUAGAAAAAUAAGAUAUAUUUAUAAUGAAAAGUAUAUAUAGAUAGAGUAGAAACACCAUUUGAAUGGAAACCGUUAGAGUUAGACUACUUUUUAGUACUAGAUUUUGAAGCAAAUUGUAUAGAGAAUGGAGAAUUAAAAUGCCAAGAAAUUAUUGAGUUUCCAGUUCAAGCUUUAAAUACAAAAACUCUGCAGAUUGACCAUACUUUUCACUAUUAUAUUAAGCCUGAUGUUGUACCAGAUCUCUCAGCUUUUUGCACACAAUUGACUGGGAUUACUCAAAAUAUGGUUGAUGCAGGAAUUCCACUAUUAGAAGCUUUGGGGAAGUUUCAUGAAUUUUUAGAAGAAACUGGCCUAUCAAGCAAAAAAUGGUCGUUUCUUACUUGUGGAGAUUGGGAUUUAAAGACUUGUCUCCAAAAAGAAGCUAAAUAUAAAAAUUAUCAGCUUGCUCCUUAUUUUUAUAGCUGAAUGAAUAUCAAAAAAAUUUUCCCUUCAUUUAUGGCAAAAAUUAUUAAGUUAUGAUGGCCAUAAAUGGGUAACCCCCUGCUGCCUAUCUUGGCCUUAAAGAAAGCAGUCUCCAUAUACCUUGGAGUUCGAAUGAGGAAAAUGGAAGGCUGCCCUUUUGGAUUUCAAUCUAAACCACCUGUCCAAGGGAUCAGCUCUUCAGGGUAGAACCACCAUCUGGAAGGUGCCCCUAUAGUCUUGAUAAGAAGAAACUAUAUGGUUGGCAAAAUCCUGUCUUCACAUUUGGCAGGAAACCUUCGGAAGAGAAAAAACUCCCUCUUCAGCAACCCCAAGCUUAAGGUCUACGUCAAAAAGGGACAGAUCCCUGCAUUCAGCUUCAUCAGGAUGGGUCCAACCUGCUCCAUAAUUAGCUCGCCUCAGAGUCCUUCUUCCAUCAAUAUCACCAUUUUAUUUCUUUAUGUCAAAAGGAAUGAUGGGAAUGAUAAGUUUACUAGAAAUCGAGCACGUAGGAAGGCAUCAUUCUGGAAUUGAUGAUGUUACAAAUAUAGCUCGAUGCAUGGCUGCGAUGCUCCAAGCAGGAGUAGGCGUUUUUGAAAGUGAUAUCCUUAGGUUACAAAUAAUUCCGAAAAGAAAUGAAGAAAUAAAGCAGCAGCCAUAA